CCGCCAUCAUUUUAACCAGUUGAAGUAACCAUUUACCUUUUGACUUGUGAGAAUAGGUAUUUUUGUAAUAGUUUUGUAAUUUUUAUAUUAAGUAUAUAUAAGUUUUAUAUAUAUAUAUUAUUGAUUUGGUUACAUUUGAUUGGUGUUUUAUUACUAUUUGACUCAAUUUCAACCAUUGUCAUGAAUGUACUGGAAUUAACUUUGGGCUUAUCCUUAGAUAAAUUAAAUUAUUAAGAAAAGCCAAAAACAAAGAAACAAACAGCAGACCAACAAGAAAGUCAACAGUUUGUUGUUGUUUGCUGUCUCAUUGUGCAUCACUGUGUAACUACUAGGAUUAUCAACUUUUUGUUUUCAACCAACAACUUGCGUGUUUUGUUAUCAUUUUUAUAUGUUUCCUUACAAUUCUGGAUAAGUGAUUUGUGAGAUCAGAACUGAUCAGUCAUCAGGCAUCAUGAAUUUUUUCAUCAUUCACCAUCUCAUCAUAGCCUUUUUACCAUUAUGUUUAAUGACCCAACCAGAUCAUAUCGAGCCUCAAAGCUUGUAUGAAAGCCUUACAGGUUGGAACAAUUUUGGAACUCAAUAUUACAAAUAUUUCAAUAUCAGACAUUCCUGGGGACGUGCCAAAGAAAUAUGUAGAAGGUAUGGUGGUGAAUUGGCCUUUAUUCAGGACUAUAGUCAAAACAACUAUACCAGCUACUUAUCAUACCAGUUUUUGAAGGAUUCACCAUCAAAAUCUUACUGGAUUGGUUAUCAUACAAUUCAAAAUUUAUCCACUAACCACAUUGAGUCGGCAAGUGGUAAAUACACCUCACAAUAUGUAGGAUUUUGGGCACUCAAUGAACCAGAUGUAUCUAAAGGUGACUGUGUUCGGGCAACGUUUGAUGAAUCGUCUCUUUAUCCUUUAAUAGACAACUCAUUAAGUUCACCUUCAGCUUCGUCUUUAUCUUCUUACUCUUCCCAUCCGCAACAAGUGUGGGAAUUAGCACCAUGUGAAGAUUUGUUGACAUUUAUUUGUCAACGAGAGGCUUGCCCAUUAGGUUCAUACGCUUGUUCAAAUGGUAGAUGUAUUAAUGAAGCUUGGCGGUGUGAUGGUCAAGAUGAUUGUGGAGAUAAAUCAGAUGAAAUUGAUUGUCCACGAAAUUGCCAUUAUUACCUUCAAUCUUCGGGUGAUAAAGUACAGUCACCCCAUUAUCCAAAUCGAUACAAUCCCAAUUCAGAAUGUAAAUGGACUCUAGAAGGUCCCAUUGGAUCUGGAAUGAUCCUUCAAUUUACUGAAUUUGAAACAGAAGCCAACUUUGAUACUGUUCAAAUUUUAUCUGGAGGUAGAACCGAGGAAACCUCUGUAACCCUUGCAACCCUUUCAGGAGCCCAAAACAUGUCCACAAGAACGUUUGUCACUGCAUCCAAUUUAAUGAUUGUCAAGUUUAGAUCAGAUUCUUCCGUUGAGAAACGAGGAUUCCGAGCAUCAUGGAAAACUGAACCAAUCAAGUGUGGUGGUGAACUUUAUGCUCAAGCCAAUGCUCAAGUAAUCACAUCUCCAUUUUAUCCAGAACCUUAUCCUGGAGGGUUAGAGUGUGUUCACAUUAUUACCGCACCACAGGGUAAAACAAUUACACUGGAAGUUGUUGAAUUAGAUUUGAAACCAGAUACAGAUUUCAUCUAUCUUCGUGAUGGUCCAGGUUCAUCUUAUCCAUUGUUGGCCAAGCUAUCUGGUUCCAUCGAUAGUGUUUCCAAUCGUUUCAUAGUUUCCACAUCGAAUCGAGUUUACUUUUAUUUCCAAACUGUUCUUGGUGAUUCUCGUCAUGGGUUUGCCAUCAGAUUCCGUUAUGGAUGUGAAAUUGAAUAUCAAAGUGACUCUGGAAACAUCACUUCUCCUGCUUAUGGUGUCUCUGACUAUCCAGCCAACCAACGCUGUACCUAUCGAUUGACUCGACCUGGUUCUGGUUCCAUGUCACUAAUCUUUGAUUCAUUUGAGGUUGCAUCUGAUGAUACAGUUUCAAUUUAUGAUGGUCAUGAUGCUGUUUCUGGAGCUCCUCUUCACCCUGCCAAAGGUUUUGCUGGACAAACUCGACCAAACAAUUUAACCUUAACAGCAAGCUCGGGUAAAAUGACUAUUGACUUUGAUAGUAAUCUAUUGAAUACGGCUCGUGGUUGGUCUGCACGUUUUAGUGCUGAUUGUCCACCUCUUAAAAUUGGUGACAAUGCAGUGGCUUCAAGUCGAGAAUCAACAUUUGGAGCUAAAGUCGUUUUCACUUGUCCAAUGGGCCAAGAGUUUUCCAAUGGAGCAACUCGCUUGGUUACAGAGUGUCGUCAAGGUGGAGUCUGGUCUUUACCAAGGAUUCCGUCAUGUAAAGAACGUUAUUGUGGUCCAGUUCCUCAAAUUGAUAACGGUUUUGCUGUGGCAGCAACCAAUGUUACGUAUCGUGGUUCAGCUACAUAUCAAUGUUAUGCUGGUUUUGCUUUCCCUUCAGGCCGAGGAGUUGAAACUAUUCGUUGUGGUGAAGAUGGUCACUGGGGUAAACUUCCUGUUUGCCUUGCAUCCUCAUGUCCACCUUUACAAGAGGUUGCUCAUGCUAAGCAAAGAGUUCUGGUAGGCUCGGGUAGAUCUUAUGGAACUAUAAUUCGCUUUGAGUGUGACCCAGGUUAUCAUCGAAAUGGUGUUCCCGUUAUCAUUUGUGAAUCUAUUGGCUCAUGGUCAGCCCCAUCACCAACUUGUGAACGAGCCACCUGUCCAACUUUACCCGAAAUAACUAAUGGUUUUAUUAUUGAUCAAUCUAAAAAGUAUUAUUAUGGUGAUGAAGCUAAAGUCCAAUGUAAUCGAGGUUACAAAUUGAUUGGUAAACCAAAUAUCAUCUGUGGUCCCAAUCAAACAUUUGAAGAGCUUCCAACGUGUAAAGAUGUCGAUGAAUGUGCUUCUCCUGCCGCUUGUGAUUCAGCUUCAACUCAAUGUACCAACACACCCGGAGGAUUCUUUUGUAAAUGCAAAGAUGGUUUUGAGCCUAAUCUUGAUUGUCGUCCUGUUGGUGAUCUUGGAUUGGGUUCAGGAGUUGUUCCAGAUGGCUCUAUUAAAUCAAGUCCAUCUGAACCAGGUUACUCUAAGAAUUCAGUUCGUAUUAACAGUGAUAGAGGUUGGUGUGGUGCCAUCCCUGAGAAAGGACGAAAUUGGGUUCAAAUUGAUUUGAGAGCUCAGACAGUUAUCCGUGGAUUCCGUAUUCAACCAGUUACCCGUGAUGAUGGAUCAUCAGCUUUCCCAGUCACUGUCCGUCUUCAACACUCCAAUGAAUUGACUGAUCUUUUCCGUGAUUACGCUGACUUGUCUAGUAGACCUGUACAAUUCCGUCUUGCACCCAAUGGUGGUUCAGGUUUAUCUAUAGUUAAUCUACCAAUUCCAUUGGAAGCCCGUUACAUUCGCCUGUUGAUCAUGGAAUAUGUUGCAGCUCCUUGCAUGAGAUUUGAAUUGAUGGGUUGUUCAAGACAAGAUUGUAUUGACAUUAAUGAAUGUUUGGUUAAAAAUGGAGGAUGUGAUCAACGUUGUUUAAACUCACCAGGAUCAUUUAAUUGUUUCUGUAAUGCUGGUUAUGAGUUGUACACCCGCAAUGGAACCUCUAACUUCUUUAUACCUCCAAGUGAAACCGGAACCAAAGAGGGUGACCAGUAUCGAUUGAAUAAAACUUGUGUACCUAAAAUAUGUCCAAAACUUGAUCCACCCACAAAUGGUAAAAUCUUGUCAACCAAGAAAAAUUACUACUUUGGUGACAUAAUUUCAUUCCAUUGUGACUUUGGUUAUCUUAUGACUGGCCCAUCCAACCUAUUGUGUACAUCUAACGGAGUUUGGAAUGGAACAGUUCCUGAGUGCGUUUAUGCUUAUUGUCCAACUCUCGAAGACGAUCCUUCCAUUGGUCUAAACUUCCGAUACGGUGAGGAUAGAUCAACUAAACUAAAUCAGGUUCCAUAUCUGUCCAAUGUUACUGUUGAAUGUGAUCAAGAAGGUAAACCAUUGCGUGGUACAGCAUCAUCAUCAUUCCGCCAAUGUGUCUUUGAUCCUAAAAUGAGUCAUCCAGAAUUUUGGUUAUCUGGUGCAUCACCAUCUUGUCCUCGUGUCGACUGUGGAAUACCUCCUAACACAUCUGGUGCCUCUUAUGGAUUUUAUGCUGAUACCAAAUAUCGCGCCUCUUUCUUCUUUGGCUGUGAGGAAACUUUUACUUUAGCCGGCAAAACAUCACGUAAUGAUAAUGUUAUUCGUUGUGGUCCUGAUGGUAUCUGGGAUUUCGGUGAUUUACGUUGUGAAGGUCCAGUUUGUGCUGACCCAGGUCAUCCUCCAGAUGGACAACAAGCAGCUCUUUCAUUUGAACAAGGAUCUCAAAUAUCAUUUUCGUGUAAUAAACCGGGUUACAUUCCUUAUUCAACUGAUCCAAUCACUUGUGUUAAAUCAGCUGAAUGUAAAGUUGUUGGACCCAUUGGUAUAACUUCAGGAUUGAUUCCAGACUCUGCAAUAAAUGCAACUACACAAAGAUCCAAUUAUGAGGCUAAAAAUAUUCGUCUCAAUUCAGCAACAGGUUGGUGUGGUCAACAUGAGCCAUUCACCUACGUGACAGUUGAUUUGGGUAAAUCUUAUAGAGUCAAAGGUCUUUUGGUUAAAGGUGUUAUUACAAACGAUGUUGUUGGUCGACCAACUGAAUUGCGCCUAUUUUACAAGAAUCGAGAAGCAGACAAUUUCGUUGUUUACUUCCCCAACUUUAACUUAUCAAGUGCUGAACCCGGUAACUACGGUGAAUUGACACACAUUCCAUUACCCAUGUCAAUCACUGCUCGAUUCAUUAUUCUUGGAAUCGUUUCUUACCACAAAAAUCCAUGUCUCAAAUUUGAACUCCUUGGUUGUGAAGAUACCAAAGAUCCAGUUUUACUGGGUUACAAUGAUGGCUAUCCAGCUUGUGUUGAUCAAGAACCACCUCAUUUUGUCAACUGUCCAACAGGGUCAGUGAUGGUACAAAAAGGUACCACUGGACUUUUACCGGUCAAUUACACAAUACCAGUUGCUAAGGAUAAUUCAGGAUUUAUUGUGAGAACUGAAGUUCGACCUGCAGGAUUUAAACCUCCUCAGUUUGUCUUUAAAAACACUGUUGUUGAGUACAUCGCAUAUGAUACUGAUGGUAAUGUAGCUGUUUGUGCAAUCAACAUUACUGUACCGGAUGAUACACCACCAAGUCUCACCUGUCCACAAUCUUAUGUUGUUGAAUUGGUUGAAGAACAAGAAGCUUAUCGAGUCAAUUUCAAUGAUACUCUUUCAUCAAUUAAGGCUUUUGAUAAAUCGGGUGAUGUUAAAAUUACUCUGGUUCCCGAUACUGCUCUUAUUCCAUUAGGAGCUUAUCGUAAUGUUACUGUUAUUGCAUCGGAUCCAUCUGGCAAUGAAGCUCACUGUCAUUUCCAAGUAUCCGUUCAAGCAACCAAUUGCGUUUCUUGGUCUUUAUCAGCUCCACUUAAUGGUGCUGUUGAAUGUCUUCCCAAUGAACCUGGAACUGGUUACCGAUGUGUGGCUACAUGUAAAAGUGGGUUCAGAUUCACUGACGGUGCUGCUGCCAAAACAUACGAAUGUUCAUCAGGAGGUCCUUGGACACCUGAAUCAAUCAUUCCAGACUGUGUUUCAGAAACUACCGAUGAAGCUGCUUAUGAUGUUGCUGCCAAAAUUGAAUACCGAUCCGGCGGUUUUAUACCACCAACUUGUUUACAACAAUAUGUUAAUUAUGUUGCCUCUUAUUACAACUCUUUGAACCAAGUUUUAUCUGACCGAUGUUCUGCCAUCAAUGUUCAAAUGGAAAUUAAGUUCUUCAAUACAACAGCCUUUGUUCCCAAAGACAAUCUUAAUCAGUUAACCAUGGAAUAUAUUCUCAGAAUCAUUCCAGCAGUUAGACAACCUUCUUUGUAUGAAAUUUGUGGUUACACUUUGGGAGUCAUCUUUGAUUUAUCAGUUCCUUCAACAUCAGCUAUUCUCGAACCAAUAUUAAACAUUUCAGCUACCCAAGUUGGAGGCACCUGUCCUGGUAUACAAGCUCUCAGAUCAUCAGUUGAACGUGGAUUCACUUGUAAGAAUGGUGAAGUACUCAACAUUCCAGCUGCUGCUCCUAGUGCAGGAUCUAGCCCACCUUUAGCUUCCGUUCCACGGUGUCUUCAUUGUCCAGCAGGUACUUUUGCUGACACAAAAGCUCACAAAUGUACUUCUUGUCCCAAAGGCUACUAUCAAGAUACAACUCGUCAACCUAUUUGUCGAAAGUGUCCUGAUGGAAGUUAUACUCGUCACGAAGGAUCCAAAAGUCUCGCUGAAUGUGUUCCCGUUUGUGGUUAUGGUACUUAUUCACCUACUGGUUUAGUUCCUUGCUUACAAUGUCCAGAUAAUACUUUCUCUGGUGCUCCACCUAAAGAUGGGUUCAAGGAAUGUGCAAAAUGUCCCGCCGAUACUUAUACAUUUACUCCCGGCGCUGUUUCAGUGUCCCAAUGUUCCAAGAAAUGUCCACCUGGUACCUAUUCUGAAACAGGAUUGGAACCAUGUACAACUUGUCCAACACACUUCUAUCAAGAUAAAAUUGGUUCAACAAAUUGCACAGAAUGUGAUACUAAGGCCAAAACUUUCAGACCAGGAGCUUUAAGUCCAGAAGCUUGUGCACCAGUUGAAUGUGGAAAUCUCAAAUGUAAACAUGGUGGAAUAUGUUUAAUUCAAAAUCAUGAAGCCUCAUGUUACUGUCCAGCUGGAUUCACUGGCAAAUAUUGUGAAAAAGAUAUUGACGAAUGCUCAUCUGAUCCAUGUUACAAUGGUGGUUCCUGUAUUGAUUUACCUCAAGGAUAUGUUUGUAAAUGUCCAAGUGGUUACACUGGCUUACAAUGUCAAAUUGAAAAAUCUGAAUGUACAGAAGGUGUUUGUCCAGAGAGAGCAAUGUGUCAAGAUUUGCCGGGUCGAGGAACAGUUAAAUGUUUAUGUCGAUCAGGCUAUGAAGGACCUGGAUGUAACAUUACUUCUGAUCCAUGUGCAGCUUCAGAACCAAUCUGUCAAAAUAACGGACGUUGUCUAUCACUUUUACAAGGUCGAUUCAAAUGUGACUGUCCACCAGGUUGGUCUGGUCGAUUCUGUGAAAUAAAUAUCGAUGAUUGUAUUGAGCAACCCUGUCUUCUUGGUGGUAACUGUACCGAUUUAGUCAACGAUUUCCGUUGUACUUGUCCACCUGGUUUCACUGGUAAACGCUGUGAGACCAAAAUUGACCUCUGUGGUUCUCAGCCUUGUGCUAAUGGACUGUGUGUUGAUCGUCUAUUCUAUCAUGAAUGUAUCUGUGAUCCUGGUUGGACUGGUGAAUCCUGUUCUGUAAAUAUCAAUGAUUGCUCACCCAAUAAAUGUCUCAAUAAAGGUGAAUGUGUUGAUCUAGUCGAUGGAUUCCGUUGUGUUUGCGAUGCUGGUUACACUGGAUCUUUAUGUCAACAUGAGGUUGACGCUUGUGAAGCUAAACCUUGCCAAAAUGGUGGAACUUGUUACGAUUUGGUUGAUGGGUUUAUGUGUCAAUGUCGACCAGGAUUCGUUGGGCUUCAAUGUGAAGCCGAAGUUGAUGAAUGUGCCAAUAAUCCAUGUUACUCUUCAGGAACCUCGUCUUGUAUUGAUCAAGACAAUGGAUUCAAAUGUGAAUGCCAUGAAGGUUUUACCGGUGAAUUUUGUGAAACAAAUAUUAAUGAAUGUGCCUCUAAUCCAUGUCUCAAUGGAGCUACCUGUGUUGAUGGAAUCAACGAAUUUAAAUGUACCUGUUUACCUGGAUGGUCUGGUGAACGAUGUGAACAAGAUAUUGGUCACUGCGAACCUGAUACUUGUCUCAAUAAUGCCAAAUGUGUUGAUUUAUUCCAAGAUUUCUUCUGUGUCUGUCCAUCUGGUACCGAUGGUAAACGCUGUCAAACCUCACCACAAAGAUGUAUCGGUGAACCAUGUCAACAUGGUGGUACUUGCCGUGACUUUGGUUCAGGCCUUAACUGUACCUGUCCCGCUCGUUUUGCUGGUGAUGGUUGUCACCUUGAAUAUCAUCCUUGUCUCGAUGGUGGCGUCUGUGCCAAUGGUGCAACAUGCCGUGAUCUAGGUGAUGAUUAUCAAUGUUUAUGUCCACCUGGUUGGAUGGGUAAAAACUGUGACAUUGAUGUACCCGAUUGUGGACCAAACUCUUGUCCACCAACAGCUACUUGUGUUGAUUUAACCAAUGGAUUCUAUUGUAAAUGUCCAUUCAACAUGACGGGAGAAGAUUGUCGCAAAUCAAUCAACAUUGGCCAUGAUAUUUAUAUCAACGAUGAAACUCGAUCCUCAUCAGCUGCUCUUACUGCACCAUUUGAAUUUGGUGAAACUGCAACUUCGCUAACCGUUGCUCUCUGGGUUCAAUAUCACACACCCGAUUCACUUGGAAACUAUUUUACACUUUACUCUGUAAACUCGCCUCACCUUCCAGUCGGUAAAAAGGUUCUUAUGUCUGGAGAUCAGCGAGGUAUUACAGUUUCUUUCUUCCGUGGUGACAACUUUACCGAUGUAUUCAUUCCUUACCUGGCUAAUGUGCCCGUUAACGAUGGCCAAUGGCAUCACUUGGUUGUCCUCUGGAAUGGUGAAGAAGGAACUGUAACCUUAAUCACAGAUACUGCAGUUGCCGGUAUAGUUACUUAUGCUUUCUCUGGAAUGCGAUUAUCAUCCACACCUACACAUGGUUGGGUUGCUCUUGGUGCCAUCUUGGACGAUGACAAUAAUGUUGUACCAAAAACUGGUUUCCACGGAAGAAUCUCUAGGUUCAAUAUUUGGAAUCGUCUCCUUGACAUGUCGGCAGAAAUUCCCUCACAAUUCCGUAGCUGCAAAAACGCUCCAGUUAUAUUCAAUGGUUUGCUCCUUCGUUGGGCUGGAUAUGAUCGAAUUGAAGGAACCGUCGAGAAAGAAUCGCCUGGUAAAUGUGGCCAACGUGUCUGUGAUCGUGGUUUUGUUGGUGAUGAGUGUAAAACACUGGAACAAGACAAAACACCACCAAGAAUACUUUACUGUCCCUCAGACAUUUGGGUGCACAGUAAAAACGGUUCAGCAGCAGUCGAAUGGGAAGAACCACAAUUUGUUGACGAUCUUAAAUCAGUCCAAGUUAUUCGCUCUCCCGCUGAUAUUGUUCAAGGUCAAAUAUUCCCACCGGGAACUUAUGAAAUUUCUUACAUUGCUGUCGAUGAAGCUGGUAAUUCAGCUAAAUGUGAUUUCAAAGUUCGUGUUAUUCGUGAAAGAUGUCCUGUUCCUUUACCACCCAUUGGCGGUGAAAAGGUUUGCGGUGAUUGGGGUAAAGGUGGAAUGAACAAAUACUGUAAAAUCCAUUGUAAUCCUGGCCAUGCCUUUUCUCAACCCAUUCCCUACUAUUACGUUUGUGGUGAAGAAGGAUUUUGGCGACCCACCGAAGAUCCAAUGAAACCUCUUGUUUUCCCAGCUUGUGCUCCUGUUCAUCCUGCUCAAAAGAUUUUCCGCAUUGCCAUGGCUCUUCCAUCUUCCGUAGUCUGCUCUGAUUCCGGUAAACGUAUUCUCAAUUCUCGAGUUGCUGAAAACAUUCUCAAGAUUGACAGAGACUGGAAAAUAUGUUCCGAUGAAACCAGAGGAACAUGUCGCGGUUUAACGGUUGAAGUUCAAUGUACCAAACGUUCACCUAGACGAGAAGCAAGAUCAACAACCGAAGAGGAUGAAGAUGUUUAUGUUGUUGAAGUUGCUUUCCCUGCCAACAAAGAUCCAGUCAUUUCUAAUCCAUCUUCGGGAGAGAAGAAUGUUCCUAUCGAUAGAAUAAUAAAGAAAGCUGUUUAUGAGUCUGCCAUUUUCGAUGUUCGUGACACUUUACCCAAUGUUGUACCCGAUUUAACUUCAUUACAAUUGGUUACUGACUUUGCUUGUCCACCUGGUCAAGUAGUUGCUGCACCAAAUUGUGUUGAAUGUGCUCUUGGUACUUAUUAUCAAGAAUCGACCAAAACUUGUGUUGAAUGUCCCGUUGGUUUCUAUCAAAAUGAACUUGGUGCUCUUGAAUGUCAACCUUGUCCUGUAAUCUCUGGUAAACAGGGAAUCACUGCAAGACCUGGAUCACGAUCUCCAAAUGAUUGUAAAGCUCGCUGUGCUCCCGGUCAGUAUUAUGAUGAAGAAGCUCGAAUCUGUCGCCAUUGUGGUAAUGGUUUCUAUCAGCCAAAUGAAGGUUCAUUCCAUUGUAUCCCUUGUGGUCAAGGAUUGACAACCCGCAGCUCUGAAGCUGUUUCACCUCAAGAGUGUCGACCUGAAUGUAAACCUGGAUUCCAAUUAUCUGCUCUCGGUGAGUGUGAACCAUGUCAAAUCGGUUACUACAGGCCAUAUGGAUUACAUGAAUGUCGACGAUGUGAUAAUGGCAAAACAACUGGUUUCCUUGGUGCAUCUGAUCGUAAUCACUGCAACUUGACCGUUUGCAAUGAAGGUGAAUAUCUUCACAUUGAAAGUGCCUCUGGAACCGAAUCAUGUGAAUUAUGUCCUAAAGGAAGCUAUCAAGACUCUAAACAACGAGAUACAUCAUGUAUCCCAUGUCCACCCGAUACCACAACCAAUCGAACUGGAUCAACAAGUGAAUCUCAAUGUACUAACCCAUGUUUAGUUAACGGAAAGGUUCAACUUUGCCAAGCCAAUUCUUAUUGCGUCUUCCACAAGGAAACGCAAUCGUAUGCUUGUGAAUGUAAACCCAAAUACCGUAAAACUUAUCCAGAAGAUGAACCCGAUGAGCCUAAUGCAAGUAAAAAAGAAAUCUGUAAAUAUGUCUGUGAUGAUUAUUGUAUUAAUGGUGGACGUUGCUCGGUUAACACGGAAACUAACCGACCUCAAUGUGACUGUCCAGCCAACUUCUUUGGUGAUAAAUGUGAACGCAAAUCUGAAUUUAUUUACAUUGCUGGCGGUAUUGGAGCUGCUGUCUUAUUUAUUAUUUUAAUGGUUCUUCUCAUCUGGAUGAUUUGUGUUCGAACCUCAACCUCAAGAGGUUCCUUUGGUAAAAAGUUGUCCAUUCCAACUUUGCCAACACCAGGAGCAGGAACCAUAGCUACUGAUAUUUAUUCAACUAGUACCAAUGGAGCUCAACCAAACUUUUAUUAUGGUGCUCCAGUGCCUUAUGCCGAAAGUAUAGCUCCAAGUCACCAUUCAACGUACGCACACUACUAUGAUGAUGAUGAAGAUGGCUGGGAAAUGCCUAAUUUUUAUAAUGAAACUUACAUGAAAGAAUCACUUCAUAAUACAAAAAAUGCCAAUGGAACUGCAACCCUUCAGGGUAUUAAUAAUCCAAGUAUAUAUGGUAAUAAAGAAGAUCUCUAUGAUAGAUUAAGAAGGCACCAAUAUAAUGGAAAGAAAGGAGAUACAACCAGUGACAGUGAAGAUCAAGGACAGAGUCAUUAAGAAUGGGUUUACCAGUCAAUGAUUUAAUUUAGGUUUUGGUUUAAAUUAGAAAGAUUUUAAAAAAUUUCAUUCUGUAAAUACUUCAAUCACAUCAUUCAUCGUUUCAUUCACAUUGGAAAAAGAAGAAGAAGAUUAACUCAUCAAGCGUUUCUUUUCAUUCUCUCAUUAUCAUCAUUGAUUCACAAGCAAAAAUUCAUUUCACUAUUUUUAUUAACAACCAAUCAACAACCACCAGACGGAAUCGGUCAAUCUACAAAUUUGACGAUAUUUUCUCAUCUCUUGUUGGUUUCAAUCGUACGAACCAAUGGAAAGGAUUUCCAACAAAUGCAAAAAUCAACAAGUUGAUUGUAGACUUGGAAAAAAAUCAUCUGAUUGAAACUAAACAAGUUGAAUUGAACAAGAGAAAAAAAAUAAUCUAUUUUGGUAUAAAAUGUUUUCCACAAUCAAACUGAAACAAUUUGUAAGCAAUCAAGUCUACAUAAUUUUCCUUCUCAAUAAUCUUAUACUUUUGUAAUAACUCUGUCUUCUUUUCCUUCAUCAUCGUCUUGAAAUUGUCUUCUUUCCUUUCCUUUCUUUUUCUCUCUCUCUUUCUCCAUUCUGUUGAAAAAAAUAAAAGAAAACAUUUUCUCAAUUUAAUAACCUUUCAUUAUUGAUAUGCGCAUCGUUUUUAAUCAUCAUAAUCACCAUCAACAUCAGCUAAAAACAUCGGUGGCAAUAACAUUGAGCGAUCAUUAACCAGUCAAUUAAAAUUCACCUCAAAGCCAUUUAAAUUUUUUUCUGCUCCAUCAUCCGGAAGAAAGGGAGGAAAAACAUGAAAGACACUUUCCUGUGAUUCCAGUGAUACCUUUUCACCUUUUACCCAACAUAACUAUGUGUAAACUAAUCUUUACCAUCUUGAUCCAUUACUUGUGACAGCCCAAAAAAAGUUACCUCACUCUGUUCAUUCUGAUAUUUUCAUGAAAAUGUUGAGAAAUGUAGUUGCUUCAAUCGUUCAACAUUUCUCAUCCAAAACAUUUUCAACUCUCGCAUUACUUUGUUAACAGCAUUUAUACCUGUUUGCUUACCAAAAAACCUGAUUCAUAAUUGCUUCUAGGUUACCUCAAUUGUAAUUAUUUGCUAUCAGUCAAAUCAAUUCAUCUUGUAAACAUCAAAGAGGAAUGAUCUAUUCAUGAAUAACCAUUUGUCCAGCUCUUGUGAUAUUCAAAUUGCCUUUCAGAUACAUUCUUAAAAUCCACCCAAACAUAAAAAUAUUUGUGUCCGGCAAACACUGUAAUG